AGAUGUUAUAGUGCUGCUCCUAUGUUUGUGUACCCAUAAUGCCUAGAAGAUUAUACCCAUGAUGUGACCUCUAUGGAAUGCUUGCUAAGGUAUCGACCUGCAUGAUUCUUUUUUCAAAUGCUGAACUACACUAAGUGCCAACUAUUUACUUUACGAAAAAAUGCAUGAAGCUAUUUUUUGAAGAUAUUUCGAUACACGGCCUUAUUUCUCUUUCGUUUCUUGCCGACGAGCUCGGAGCGGUGUACUCGUGGCUGCGGUGUGGCGCAAGAAAGGAAACCGUGGGCCGCAAUGAGUGGAACUACCGCGCGGGGUAAAAAAAUGGAGCAACUCCGGUUGAUGAUAUCAAAUCGAUAUUGAGCGGUCUAUUAAAGCCCAAACUACCUGCCUGGAUCGUCGAUGAUGGAGCUGCCUCGCGGCAUUCGGCGGUCUGCGUGGCCACGGGAAGCAGGAUCUUCACAGUCUAUUGGGAGGAAAUUUUUCCCCUCGCAGCUGCUCGUGUUCACAAGAAGCCUGCUGCUUCUACUACACUUGCAGGAUUUUUACACAACAACGACCCUCGGGGGCCCAGGACUGGUCACCGCGUUUCCCACGUACAAUACGUACCAGAUCAAACCUAACGCGGUUCCAAACGCCGGUGAGGCCUUCUACGUGGAGGUGAAUGGCCAGGAUGUGGAUGUGGUCAACAAUCGCGUUGCGAUUAUGGACUUCUCCGACGGCUCAAGCAGUUGCACCGGAGCCUCGUUGGUUUCGGAUAGCACCGUGGACUCUUUGACCAACGUGAAAAACUCCGCGCCAUGUUCGGGUAAGGGGAAUGCAACUCGUUUUUUUCUUGAAACCGCAUCAGAUGAAAGGGCAGAGGCAUAUGCGCCGCGCAUCAUGGCAGCAAGGUUUAUUUUUGUUCAGAACACAACUGAGAUUGAGAAGCAGUAAACUACACUUUUAUUUCAAAAAGUGAAACAACUUUCUCAUAGGUGGCAACUCCGCCCCAACGCGGCUACACUGCGGGCCGUUCAAGAUCUACAAGCAGGCCGCGAACCUGGGGUUUUGCAUCUGUGGGGCGACGGCCGCACGACCUUCGCCAACCUGCCUCUCCUCACAGGAUUACUCACACGGGUUUGGUACGAGGUUCACCAUCGCAGGGCCAAACCCGGGUCAAACGUUCGACGCGCAGGUAGUAUAGUGGGUAGAUUGAUUUGCCCGAUUUUCUACAACAUACUAUACAUGUCAGAGCAUGCUGGUACAAGGAGCGCAUCGACGGGACAAUUUCCGUUUCGCAACACAGGGACAAUUCACUAGUAGUAGACUUUGCAGGUCGUGCAGCAAAAAUACCCGUACAAUAAAUUUCCCUCCCCUAGGUCUCCGUCCCGACCCCCUUUACGAUCCAAGGCACCGCUUUGAACGCCGAGGACCGCCUCGUCGCGAUUGAGAAAACCUUCUCCCCGUCCUGCCGCAACUUCGAAUCCACCAGCGCCACGGGGAACACGAUGAGCUCCCACGUCAUCAAUCUCUCCGGCGGUCGGGAUGCCGGCACUGCGGAUACGGUUUCCACUUGGAACAACGUGCAAAUGACCAAGGUAACGCCCUUCAUUCUCUGCUGGUGCGGCGCUGCGAGGCAGACUUGCACGGAUACCAGCGAGUUCCGGGUACAGGUCGGAGAAGUUACGGUGAACGGGCCGCAGCAGAAUCAGGUCCACAACUUCGUUCUAGGGAUGAGCAGCACGUUGAUGGUGUUGGGGACCGGGAUGAGUCCGAAAGACCGGGUCCGGAUCGUGAACGCGGCGUCGGUAAACUGCGCGGGGGCCUACGCGGGAUCAAAUAGCAAUUCGGUCGCGCGCGGGGCGGACGCGGGGCCGACGUUUGUGGACGGGCAGGUGACGCCGAGCAUCGCGCAGUGGGGGGACGUGGUGGUGACGAGUGCGGGAACGUAUCUUUUUACUGCAUUUUUUUUGAUGAAUGACAUCUUCGUUCAAAGGGACAACUUUGUCAUGCGCUGCUACAAGAAACAUCAGCAUGUGUCUAGUACUGCACUCUAUGCACAAGUCUAACAACAUUGUCUAUCAGGUAUAAAGUCUGCUGGUGCGGCGCGAAGAAAAUCGACACCAAUGGUUGCACUCGGGAUUCUGAAUUCAACUUUGAAGUCGGGUCCAUAACCGUUUCCGGCCCGAACCAGGGCGGCAGCUACACGCCGAGGUUAGGCCUGCCCUUUUCCGUCACCGUUUCCGGGGUCGGGAUGCACGAGGGCGACCGGGUGAUCCUGACGGACCAAUCCUGCGGGACCACGGCCACCAAUUCUGCCGGCGUGCUCGCGCCCCCAAGUCUCCAAGCGGACGAGCUGAGCGAGAUGAAGAACAUCUGGCACAACGUGAUUCUGAACGAGAAAAAGCAAGUGCGGCUCUGUUGGUUAUUGAGAGGAAAAAUCUCCCCUCCCCAUAUCAAAACGGAAAUCUGUGAUGCAGAUUUGUUGUCACAAAUCAGCUUUGUCAUGCUACACGGGAAAAGAUGCGGACUGUAGUGCUGGGUGGCGUGGGGGAGCCUUGCAUCUUCAGCAUGAUAGGAGGCAGCUGAGAGUGGGAAACAGCAUGACAAAUUGCCUGCAAACGAGACCACGACUGCGGCUCUUGGCCUUCUAGCAUGACAAGUCAAUUUGGUGCCUCAAAUCCUGCAUCACAGAUUUCCAUUUCGAUAUGGGGAGGGGGGAUUUUUCCGUUUGAUAUUGGUGCGCGCGGGCGGGGAUCAACUGCGACAAGAAGGAGGAUAUCAAAUGCAAAAAUGUCUGGGUCUGGAAGAUUGCUAGGUUUGUCAUGCAGGUCUUCCAUGACCCACGCGGUCUGGCAUGCACCGCCUAGCAUGCCAGGUUCUGUGAGAUCUCUAUCAUGCCUUUCCUGCAAUGUUGAGAAACUGCCUCUACUAACUUGUUAAAAAAUGGACCUCUUUUGGUAAUCAUGCAACACAAAUUUUUCCACGAUCCAGAUGCAGCAUGACAAGUUACACUCUUCCAGACCCAGACAUUUUUGCAUUUGAUAGAGGAGUUUCUCGCCCAGGUGGCGAUCUACACGCCGUUAGGGGUGGACAACGUGAACCACUUCUUGAACUUGGACAACGUGAUCAAGGGCAUGCCGUUCAAAAUUGAGUUGAAGGGCCAGACCGCCACCGACACCCCGAUCUUCUUCCACCACAGCAAGGUGCGGAUCGUCCGGAAAUCGCAGGUGACAAAAUGCGGCGAUUUAGGCUCGAGCGACUUGAUUUCCGCCGUGGAGCAAACCAUCUGUUGGGACUACACGGACGGAUGUAAGAAGAACGGGAUCACGAAAGACGGGCCGCAGGAGCUGGAGGGCGAGACCUUCGCGACCUACGAUCCCGUGGCCUUGCGGGAAAACGGGGAUUUCAUGAUCUGCUACUGCGCCGGCGGGCCCUUGGGGAACACCUAUCAGAACUGCGACAAGGACGAACAUUACAACACGCACGUCGGGAAUAUCAAAGUGGCGGGGAUACAAACCCGGACGGAAACGUGGAUCUGCUCGCAGUCCGGCGGGGAUGAUUGUAAGAUACAAAUCAUCUCCGCGAAGCCCAGCAUGAAUGACAGGGUAUAGCUCGUUUUUUUUUGAAAUAUGUAGUUCGUCUUCGUUGUGCUGCACCUGCAUGUUGCUCGUGGUCCUUGCUUUGUAAUGCGCGUCGAAGAAGAUCAUUUACAUCUCAUUCUAGUUUGCGAUCGACGAGGACGUGCGUAGUCUAGUAGUAGUUUGUCCAGCAGGCCAAUUCGCUGUGCAUGAGAACAAAAACGAUUCUUCUCAACAACUCUAGAUUCGCGUCAUCGAGAAGGGCGGCACGGCCGGUUGUUCCCAGUCCGAGCGCGCCGACCCGACGGCGUUUUCCCUGGGCACCCAAGUCUCCCCCGUGCGGAUCUUCAAUGUGACCACGCUCGGCGGGGUGCAAACCGGCCAGCAGGCGAUCGAAUUCAACUUUGGCACGGCGAGCCGGACGGGGAGCUACGACGUGUGCUACUGCCAGGACUACGGCGGUUGCAACGCGUAUGGGUGUGUCAGGAUUGAAAUCGACAAAGUUGAAAUAGUUUGUCAUGCAUAAAACCGAUACCAGUCGGAGGCCCAGUUAUCAAGCGGCGCAUGACAAAUUUUCCGAGCACCGGAAUCCAAUUUGUGAUGCUGUUUUGGCACAGAAGACUACAUUUGUCAUGCUACUUUAGCAGCUCUAUUUCAAGCCCUGAACAGGCUCACAAUCGGCCUCAUUUGCCAUUUCGGCAAGACAGGCACUUCAUGCCUGGCAUUUUAUGCAUGACAAAUCAUUUCAUCUUUGUCGAUUUCAAACUUGGCGCUUCCAUAACGCGAACAUGCACUUUUUCCAGUAUCAACUGCAAAAAUGUCUGGGUCUGGGAAAGUCCGAGAUUUGUCAUGCUAAUUUGGCAUGAUUCUGAACUCUGUAUUGCGCGGCCGCGAAGAGCUGGCACUCCCUGUCAUGCAAAAAGGCAGUUUCUCAUGCGGAAUACGCAACUCAGAAGUAUGCAAAAAACUUGUCAUGCUUGGCAGCGCAUUGCAGUGAGCUCACUCUUCCCUUGCUUGCAUCACAAAUUUCCAGACCCAGACAUUUUUGCAUUCGAUAUCCAACUGGCCGGGACCAUCUCGAUCGGCGGGGUGAACGGCGCGCAGGCGGCGCAGUUCUGCUUCGCGAACCAGCCCUGCACCGUAUCACAAUGAAAAAUGCCCCCACCCCCGAACUUGGGAGCAUUUGUAUUGCAAACCUUUCCAAAUGAAACAUUCGCCCUCUUGCAUCUAUCAGCAUCACAGGUUUUCAAUCGUGAAUAGCAAAAAUUUGUAUUGCAAAAGACUCCAGCAGGAGCGGCACUUGUCAUGCAAGCGGUGCGCUACACGCCUACAUUCUGCAUCAGAAAGAUUCAUACUCCUUUCAUGCAUGACAAAAAGUUUUCAUUUGGAAUCCUUGCAUCACAAAUUUUUGCAAUUUAGGGGUGGGGGGCACUUUUCACUGUAAUACACCGCGCGGAUCAUCGGCACCCUGCUGGACGGCUAUCAAAUGCAAAUAUGUCUGGGUCUGGAACGUUGCAAGUUGUGAUGCCGUCUUUGGAUUCUAAAAAAAUCUGGAUUGCAUGAAAAGCAAUGGGAGGUCAGUUUGUGCUUCGCGGAGAGGGCAUUUGUCAUGCGGGAUAGGCAUCAAGAAGCCAUCAAAAAAUCUGUGAUGCUAGGUCAUGCAUUACUGGCGGCAUGAGUCAUGCAAAAUAUGCAUGACACCCAGACAUAUUUGCAUUUGAUAACGGCGGCGCGAGGAUGAUUUUGCUCGAUGGGUCGCAGCCGGAGGACAGUUGCGGUAAACCGGGGAAAUUGGUCGUGUCGGAUCACUUUGUCCAGAGGCAGCAAGUGAAUUUCCAGUCCCCGGCGCUCUACGGCUUUACCGGAAACAAAGGCACGCUCGGCGCCGCCGUCGAUUUUCUCGAUUUCCAGCUUGGGGAACCCGAGGUGGUCGGAACCUACAUGCUGUGCUACUGCGACCACACGCUGACGCCCGCGAAGGUUUGCGAAUACCAGGAGUACUACACGCAGUUCGCGGGGAAGUUGUACGUUCGUGGGAUCGACACGUCGUUAGCCAUGGCCUGCGAGCAGGGCGGGGAGUGCCAGUUCGCGGUGGUCGGGGCGAUCAUGACGCCCGCGGAUCGGGUGAUGGCCAUGACAAUUGACUUUGACGACGCGGGAAAGGACGUCACGCCGGAGGAUAGGAGGUAUAAAUAUGGAUUGACGAGUUUUUUGUGAUUGGACUUUUGUGCAUGAGUGUGCGUGUAUCGCUAAGGCUAUCGCAGCGUCUUUUGUAGUGUUGCAUGUGAAAAAAGACGAGGACAACUACGAGCGCAGAGUUAAUUCCAAAAAUCUUUUUAAUACAAUGUAAAUUCUCAGGUGCGGUGGCAUCAACUCCGCCGCAGCUCCCGACGGCGUCUUUUCCCCGGGAAAUGUCCUUGCACCACAAAACAUCGACUUGAAUGUUCUCACCCUGAACGGCAAGUCCCGCGCGAACUACAAGUACGCGCAGGUGAACAACCCAGGGAAGUUCCGCCUGUGUUUCUGCCCCGGCAUCCCGGGUUCGGUUUCCUCCGUUUGCGAAUCGCCCCCGCAAUUCAAACUGAACCUUGGCACGGUGAGGAUCCAGGGGGUGAUCUCGGACGUGAAAUCUGGGAUUUUGCCGACGAACAAGGUUGUUUCCGUCAAGGUAGAAUCCACGCAACCCGGUUCCCGGAUCGGCUGCGUCGCGACUCUGGAGACGAUGUUCACGGUCGCGCGCGCCCCCGACUUGAACGACCUGAUGCACUGCGAGGACACGAGCCUCAACCGGGGCAGCAACGAGUCGCCGCAAACGAUGUUCCCGCUCUGCGUCGGGAGAACGGAGAACACGGAUUUGACGGUGACGGGGUGGAACGACGUGAACAUUGAGAUAAAGCCCGACAUGCUGGACAUCGCGCGGCGGAAACUACCCGGGGGGAACACGCCCAACUGGUACGUCUGGUGCUAUUCCGCCUCCCAAUGUACCAGCCAGCGGUGCGUGAUGCCGCGAUCGCCCAACGGGCUGAAGAUCACGCAAACGGGCUCCGACUCCCCCUACGUGCAGGACCACAAGCAGACCGCGGCGAGCAACAUCGAGCAGCCGAUCACCGUCGGAAUCAAGAUCGACAACCCGACGGCGGAGAUCGCCGCGGCGGCACGACUGAAAAUCAUCGACCCAAACGAGGGAACGGGGUUCGACGACCGGGUGAAUAACAAUUUGCAAGCCGCGGCGUUGUUUGGACUGACAAGAAGGGGAUUAGGAACAGAAAGCGCAGCAAUAGGAUCUUCUUCAUCUUCUUCUCGAGAGUUAACAACCACGAACACGACCACCGCAACGCUGCACCCCUGCGAAACCCACCAGCUCGCGUCCGGAGUUGCGUCCGGCCUCAACUGCGGCACGAAAGGGGACAGCAAAUGCGAACCGGCCGGGACGUUGGACGUGACCAGUAACCAAAUAACCUGGCCGAGCAUUCAGAUGCAGUCCGCGGGCAUGUACGGCAUGUGCUACUGUGAUCGCCAUCUCGACACUAAGUGUCUGCAGUGGAUCUCCGUCGGGGAAAUGAAAGUGGACGGCCCCUUUCCCAACGCACCAACGCAGUACGGGAACCCCGGGGUGCUGGCCAAGGUGCAUCUGCACGGGCUGGAACUGUCCAGCCGCGACAGAAUUCACGUCGUGGCGGGGAGUGACAAGUGCGGGCAGGCGACGGUCGGAACCGGGAGCAACGCACCUUCGACGAACGCACCAUCGAACAGUUCCUCCCGUCAGCUGUCGCUCGUGUGGACCAGCACGGCGCCGGUGGUGCACAACAGCAGCUACCUGCAGUGGGAGAUCGGGUUGCAGGAAAAGUCGAGAUACAAAAUUUGCUGGUGCCCGGGGAAGUUGAAAUCUUGCACGGACCACAGCGACUUCACCCAUUUCGCCGGCUACUUGGAAAUCGCGACCAGAGUGGACUGCGAGCUGUCCGAUUUCUGGAUCGUGGAGGCCUGCACGGUUCCGUGUGGCGGUGGGAUCAAGAAGAAGAGGCGAAGGAUCGUGCAGAACCCGCAGGGCGGCGGGACUGCGUGCCCGUCGAACGCGGAGUCGUUGAUCUCCGAAAUCUGCAAUCCCGACCCCUGCCCCUUGCUCCAGAUAAACUCCGUGACGACCCAGCCGAGUUUGAAGGUGGUGUCCAACACGGUGUUUCAAGUUCGAUUAGACGGGCAGUAUUUCAACCCGGUGGAAGAUCGCAUUCUGCUGAUCGACGCGAACCUCGCGUGCGGCGCCUCGCAGCAGCACUACGCCGGGGCGGCCUGCAAUUUCGUCGGGUCGGACAUGGAGAAGAUGAUCUGCGGGGACGGGGUCAGGUCGAUGAAGGUGGCACAUUCUGGGGCGGUAAAGAUUUGUGUCUGCGACGCCAGCGCGAGCUACGUCAGGAAUGAGGAUGGUAUAGAAGUAGAGUGAGUUUUUGCAUAAACGUGCUCGGAUUUAUUUUCAUUUCAGGGAGUGUAUUUUUCCUUUUUUCAACAUACCGGUUCUUCUCAUUUUGAUCUUCUAGCAUCAUCUUCACAUCAAACCAAAGGUUCCGGCUUCAACAUCGCUGGUGGGCUUAAUGUCGAGGGCAGUUUUUCCGCGGGCUGUGGUGACGCGCGGAAUUACCUGCUCGGCGGUCAGCUCGUCACGAUCCACGCUCCGGCUACCAAUCCCGAGGAGGACGACCUGGUGGCAGGAAUGUCCCCGGGCCUGUUCGCGUUUCUCAUGGUGCUGUGCUCCUUAGUGGUUCUCUCCCCCGGGGCGUACUUCGGGUACAAAAAGUACCAGAAGCAGAAGGACGCGGGGAAGUACCAGAAGCAGGUCGACCCGUUCUUGCCCUUCCAGCAACAGAAACCGGACAACUUCGGGAACAAAAAGCUGCAGGCCCUCAUGGACGGGUCCACGGCGCCGGAGAAGGGCGGGAAGUCGAACCUCUUCACCCGCGCGAAGAGCCUGCUCGGGAUCGGGAACGGGGAUAAGGAGAAUUUGUCGGAGGAGGAGGAAAACCAGGCGAUGCUGAUCGCCUGGGACGAGUACUACCAGUCGCUCGGCUACCCAGCGGGGACCGCCUGGACGGUACUCGGGCCGCAACUGAACGGGACGGGGCCGAGCAUGCAGCAAAACAUAUCGCAGCAGGCGGCAUUGGCGAAUUCGGCGUACGAUCCGAACGACAUUUUCGGAGGGUACGGACCGUCGCCAUAUGGGCAACCAGGGUAUACUUAGAACUCGAGUUGGGGUUUUUCAUCUACUGCACGGCCUGUUUCCUGCUCAAUGCAGGGCUAAUGUUUUGCACAGUAAGAUAAAUACGUCGUGCAGCCCUAUGACUGAGGUUUGAUGCGUCGAUGCAGCUGAAUUUUCAUUUUGAACGGAAAUUGACUUGAAAACGAAAAAACCCAACAGCGCCCCCCAACAACAACAAUCUGGCCUUCUCGCACUCGGGUACGACGGGCACCAUGCCCCGAACCAAAUGGGCGAGUUUCUGGACCAGUCGUUCACGGAUAGCCGGUCGCCCGCCGCGGCGACCAAGAGCAAAAUCAGCCCACUGUCCUCUUUCGUGGACAAAGUCCGGCGGGCGUCCGUCCAGAUGGCGCAGAACAAGGACAGCAAUGGCGUCGACGGCGCGUCGCCCGCAUCCUCUCAGCCGGUAACGCCAAGAACCGCCGCGAACAUGAUGGCCGGGGCUGAGAAGCCGUACGAGAAACCCAAAGACCCGGGCAGCACGGUGUCCACCGCGGCGACGCAGAACCUACUUCCGCCGAUGCCAAAAAUGUCGCAGCCGCCACCGCCGGUUAAUCUACCGGUCGGCGGGAUGAUGAACUCCUCGUCGAACAAGAAGAAAGACGACGACAUGCUGAGUUCGGGGUCGUUUUUGUCCAAUUCGCCGAACGAGAAAAAGAGCGCGAGUCCAGUCGCAAAAUUGUCGUCGCUAGUCUCCGGGAACUCUCCUGCCUCGAAUUCAAGAGCAGGAAACAACAACAACGGAAACGCCAGCGACCGGGAGACGCAAAUCCAGAGUCCGAAGAGUGCCCGGCUGGAGCGGGAGAAGCAACUGCUGGAUGAGAAGCAGGAAAUGCUUCGGGAGGAGAUGGAGCGGCAGCAGCAGGCGCUCGACGAGGAGCACCGGAGUAGGGAAGAGGUAAUAAAAUCGAAAUUGUCCAGCCUGAAGGAGAAGCGGGCGCAGAGUGCCGGGCGGGUUCGGUCCCUCGAGCAGUCGUUGACCGGGGGCGCGAGUGCAGAAGCGAUGAAACAGGCCGCGGAAGAGGCGGAGAGGACGAAAAAGGAGGAAGAGCUGAAAAAACAGCAGGAAUUGGAGUUGAAAAGACAAAAAGAGGAAGAGGCCCAUCUUGCGGCAAAAAGGAAAGAGGAGGAGAAGCAGCAAGCCCUCGCGUUGAAGAAAAAGCAAGAGGAAGAGAGGAUAAAAGCAGAGCAGGCUGCGGCGCUGAAAAAAAAGCAAGAAGAGGAACAGCAGAAAAAGCAGGAACAAGAAAUUCUUCGAAAGAAAAAGGAACAAGAGGAGCUAGAUCUCCGACGAAAAAAGAAGGAGCAGGAGGACGAGGACCGGAGGCGGAAAGCUUUGGAGGCUGCAGCGCAAAAGAAAAAAGACGAGGAAAUACAAAGGAAAAAGAAAGAGGAGGAGCAAAAAGCCGCGGCUGCGGCUGCAACCGCAGCGCCAUCUUCUCCGCCGCCGCUCGCGCCACCCAUGAUGGCCCCGGUUCCGCCGCCGCUGGACAGCACGCUGCCCUCCUCGCCCUCGGUCGCGGAAAGGCGGUACGGAUCAUCUUCGCAGAGCCCCAGUAGACCUCCAGCACCUCCCCCCUCUAUCGGGCUGGGCCCAAGUAGCCCGAGCAAACCACCCCUACCCGGAAGUAUCAACGACUUCGACCAGAGCUUCGGCACCGGCACCGUGGCGGAGCGGCGGUACGGGAAGCGCCCACCCCCGCCGCCGCCCCCAGGCAUGGCGCCACCGGGCGGGAUGGCGCCCCUGGACUCCUUCGGCGGUGGUGGUGCGAGCAGUCCGAGCAAGCCCCCAGGCGGAGGUUUAGGCAUGUCCAUCUCGCAAGGCGCAGGACCUUCCCCGAGUCUGUUCGACCAGGCCAUGGCAGCGGGGAUGGGGGGUAGCAGUUCUCCUGGUGGUGCACCUUUGACAGGUAGUCCGAUCAAGAAGGGGAAAUUUUCCCUCGGGUCGCAGGCAAGAACCAGUGCGGGCGGGGUGAUUUCCAGCCCCCGGUUCCAGAACGUCGGCGGGGAAAGGAGUGGGACGGGGCUGAACAUGCUAACGGACGGCGGCGGAAAUAGUAACACGAAUGCAACCAGUCCGGACCACAGCACGACGAAUGCGAGGAUGUAUUCCAGCAGCAGUCCGCCCCCGCCGGGAGCGUUUGGUGGCGGGCCGUCCCCACCGAGAAUGAUGUCUUCCAUGACGGGCAUGCCCGCGCCGCCCAGUCCGACACAAGCAGGCACAAGCAACAGCAUGAUGUUCGGCGGAAAGGCCGGACCGCCACCACCACCCCCCAUGAUGGGUCGCGGACCGGGGCCACCGCCGUCUUUAGGCCAGACCGGGGGGAUGGGAGGCGGGAUGCGACCUCCACCUCCACCGCCGCCACCGGGCAGACGGUGAGAUUCGGGCUGGUUUGUUGUUUAGGGGCAAGAUUUAUUUUUUGGUGGAGGAACAAAAGCCGUACUUCUUCUACACGCAGCUCAUUGUGUAUGCGUUGGAAGAUGGUCGUAUACAAAAUCUGAAUCAGUAUGGUGUGUUACUACAGUAGAAGCGCUACUUUACAAGUUAACAGUAGUGUCGUCUCAACUCAAGAUGAGGUCAACAAAAGAACUGUUUUUAAGCAUAAUUUUUACGUCAAAAGGUCAACUAUAGCGAAAGGAAAUCAGAGCUGAGAAAUCGAUUUGUAAGCUUACAACGACUCGAAUAGCAACGAAUGUGGAAAAAUAGAAAGCACGCUUCGAAAGAACCGCGGAACAGAAGAAACAAGUACAGUAAAAGCCACAGAGUCAUCUGCUCAUAAUCAUGCUGGACAGUGCUGAACAGUACACCUCCUGCAUGAUUUUUUACCCAUCAUUGGCGCUGAUUUUAUACUUUGAAUAGUUCUUAACGCACAGACUGACAAUAGUUCCAAACAUAGAAGCGUCAGCAGGUGUCGACUUCUUUCCACGCAGAGCUUCUUGCAGAUAAGACAGGUUCUUAUAGCUACAUUUUGGUGCAGAGAGAUGAAAAGUAGAAUACUUCUUGGGAGCGCCGUCCUGUGACAUCAUAACUUACUUUGCACAUCAACCUCUUCACGACGGCAUUCGAGAACAACGAGAUUCCCGCAGCGACAAACGCAGCCGCCACUCGACAGCUAGUAGAACAAAAGCCGAACAGAAGGAGAAGCAGAAAGCAUCCGGAGACUUGUUUUCGGUCGGC